AUGGCUUCCAGCAAACAGUCGUUCCUCAAUUAUCCCCAGCCUCGCGAGGGCCCUUUAGUACCCUACAAGAAUGAAACUCAAUCCAUACCUGUCUUCCGAGGUAUACCUUUGGCCAUCGGUGCGACCUUGAUCCAUAAUAUAGGUUUCGUUCAAAGCCAUUUCUGGCGCAGUGCUGGCUUCGAUGUCAUACGCGAAAUCCCCCACCUCUAUCAGUACUCCGGCCGCUACGAUCCCACCGUGAUUCCUGUUGAUAAUAUCCACAAUGACACCGAUAUCCCUCCGAUUGCGAAGCGAAACGGACCCCAUAGCUAUUAUACCUCUGCCGACUAUCGCGCGUUAUACUUGUCGGGUGAACUGACCCCAACCGCGGUCGUCGAGGCUUUGCUUCCCCUGGUGCGUCGUGAUGUUCAGCCUGUGGGGAAACACUCGACUGCCUUCCUUGAGUCUCAGGUCGAGAUCAUUCAAGCAGCCGCAGAAGCCUCUUCCGAGAGAUACAAGAAGGGUCAGCCACUAGGUCCUCUUGAUGGCAUCCCCGUCGCGGUCAAGGAUGAAGUCCAUAUCACAGGCUAUAAACGGACAUUGGGAAGUAAAUUAGAUUUUAAGGCUGGCAGCGAUGCUACCUCUUGGUGUGUACAGCAAUGGCAAGAAGCCGGAGCUAUUGUCAUUGGGAAGACCACCAUGCACGAACUCGGCCUCGACACCACCAACAAUAAUCCCAACUUCGGCACCCCUCGAAAUCCUCAUAACAAAAGCUACUAUUGCGGUGGAUCUUCUGGCGGAUCUGGAUAUGCGGUUGGUGCAGGAUUGGUGCCCAUUGCCCUGGGUGCAGACGGCGGCGGUUCAAUCCGUAUUCCCUCAUCAUUCUGUGGCAUAUGGGGGCUAAAGACUACCCACGGCCGUGUAUCUGGAGCACCAUCCCAAAGUCUUGCCCCGACUGUAGGCGUACUCGGGCCCAUGGCCUCAAACAUCGAUGACCUUGCCCUCGCCUACCGGAUCAUGGCCACGCCCGCCCCCGCCUCGCAAGAUCCAAUCUCCUCUCAAUUCCCAAGGCCCAUUCCCGCCCUACCGGACCGUAAACGCGCCAAGACAAUCGGUAUAAUGCGCGAAUGGAUCGACCGCGCCGAAGCCCCUGUUCGUGCGGUCUUUGACACCGCAUUGGAUCACUACCGUCAAAAUGGCUACGAUGUCAUCGAUAUCACAAUACCUUAUCUUCCUGAAGGCCAGCGCGCUCAUGUUUUGACUAUCAUGGCGGAAAUUGCAUCUGGCGUGGAUGCUCGUCAGAUCCGCCAUCUGACGGCUCCAAACAAGGUUCUCGUCUCUUUGGGAAUGUACCAGAUCACCGCGCAGGAACUCCUCGUGGCCCAGCGUCUACGCAAUUUAUUGAUGACCCACCUCUCCCACCUCUUCCAGAAGCACCCUGGUCUCUUGAUUCUCUCUCCUACUACUCCUCUCCCUGGUUGGCAUAUUGAUGGUGGUGAAGCAGAUCUCUCUCGCGGCGUAUCGGAUGGCAAGGCGUCUGUGAGAAAUAUGGAGUAUGUCUGGCUGGCUAAUUUCACUGGUUGCCCUUCUAUAAGCUGUCCUGCUGGCUAUGAUCCAGAUAGCGGUGUGCCUAUAGGUUUGAUGGCUAUGGGUGAAUGGGGUAGCGAGGAGGAUCUGAUUGAUUUUGCUAGAGAUGGGGAGACUAUUCUGGAUUUGCCUGCUGCCCUUCCCCCACGUGAUAGUGAAGAUGGUUCUGUUGCGUCUGGUCUUCGGAUUCCCUCCGCCGGCGGGUGUGUCUGGGAGGAUGUCAUUGCCAGAGCGACAGAGGGGCAAUCGGCUUGA